AUGUUUGAAGAAAAGAUCGUCGACUUCAAACCCUCACCUGGGUCAAUCCCGUUAGCUGGUGCUUCGAUUGUGGUGGACCAAUCAGAUUACCCUGGUGUUAUCCGCGCCGCAGAGGACUUGGCCCGAGACUUUGCUCGUGUGACAAAGGGGGAUGCAAGUCCGUUGGUUGUAAUAUCAACUGAAUCGGAUUACGACAAGAUACAGACCAAAACAGCUAUCAUCGUUGGCAGUGUUGCUUCGAGUGGGAUCAUCAAGACGCUUGCACAGCAGGGUAAACUUGAUACACAAGCGGUUGACGGGAAAUGGGAGAAAUUCAGCACGAAUAUCAUCGACCAGCCAUUGGGGAAGUGUGAGAAGGCUUUGGUUAUUGCUGGGAGUGAUAAGCGCGGCACCAUCUUUGGCAUCUACACACUCUCGGAACAAAUUGGUGUCUCACCAUGGUAUUGGUGGGCCGACGUACCGCCAAAACACCAUGAAGAACUUUACGCGACUGAGAAACAGACGGUUCAUGGUGAGCCAUCUGUGCGACACCGAGGUAUUUUUCUGAACGAUGAAGCACCUGCUUUGACAGGCUGGGUGCGAGAGAAGUUCGGAGGAUACAACUCAAAGUUUUAUGUCAAAGUCUUUGAACUUCUACUCAGGCUCAAGGCCAACUUCCUCUGGCCAGCUAUGUGGCCCGGCUACCCUAACCCCGGCGCAUCAUUCUUCACAGACGAUCCACUGAACCAAAAGCUCGCAGACGAAUAUGGUAUCGUCAUAUCAACUUCUCACCACGAACCCAUGCAGCGGCUCUCGAAUGAGUGGUUUGCCGAGAAUCCAGACGGAAGCUGGAAUUGGUUGACCAACAAGCAGAAAAUCACGGAAUUCUUUGAACAUGGCGCUAGUCGCGCCAAGGGCUGUGAUUCUUACUUUACUCUGGGUAUCAGAGGAGAGUAUGAUAAGAAGAUGCUUGCUGAGGAUCCUGCUGCUGUGGUGCAGGAUGCUAUUGAGACGCAGAGGCAGGUUAUUAAGAAGGUUUAUGGGCAGGAAGAUGGUGUGCCUCAACUCUUCGCUAUCUACAAGGAGGUUCAGUCCAUGUUUGAGACAGGUCGACUGAGCGUUCCCGAUGAUGUAACGCUGCUGUUUCAGGAUGACAACUUUGGCACGAUCCGUCGACUUCCUACAAAAGAAGAGGCCAAGAGGAAGGGCGGGGCUGGUGUAUAUUACCACCUUCAAUACGUCGGAGAUCCUCGAAGCUAUAAGUGGAUCAACACAAACUCACUAGGAAAAGUAUGGCAUCAAUUACAGCAAGCUUAUCACCACAACGCUCGCCAAAUCUGGGUCUUCAAUGUUGGCGACUUGAAACCGCAAGAGAUUCCCAUCUCCUUCGCCAUGGCCCUAGCUUGGGACAUCAACAGUAUCAAGCACGAUACUCUCUCGCAGUUCUUCCGCCAAGCCGCUGAUCGAGAGUUUGGCGCUGAGCUCGCAGAUGACGUUGGGUCGAUCUGGCACCGACAUGAUCGACUACUAGCUUUGAGAAAGCAUGAGCAUAUUGAGCCUGAUACUUUCUCCGUUUUGCAUUACAGAGAGGCCGAUAGCGUCUAUCGUCAAUGGAAAGAGCUUCUCGACGAUGCUGAAAACCUGCAAGCCCGUGUUUCUGAAGAACAAAAAGCAGCGUCUUUCCAGCUCGUUCUUCAUCCAACCAAAGCGUCAUAUAUCUAUAACAAAGUACGUUGGAGUCAAGCUCUAAACAAGCUGUAUGCUCGCCAAAGACGAAACUCGGCAAACACAUACGCCCAAAUCGCUCUGGACGCCUUUGACCAAGACUUUACUCUUUCGGAAGAGUAUCACAGCCUUUUGGACGGAAAGUGGAACCACAUCCUGAUGCAGCCUCAUUACGGCUACGAAGAUACAUGGCAUGCUCCCUCGCGAGAUAUGAUUGGUGGAUUAUGCUUUGUUCAGAAACGUCAGAACUCCAAUCCAAUUGUGGGACAGAUGGGUGUUGCUGUCGAAGGCCAUGAGGGUGUGAGGCCCGGUCGGAUUAACGAAGAGUCUGAGCGAACGCAUCCUAGUCGACGAGAUCUUGUUCCUGGUUUGACUUUACGGCCUAUGAGUCGGUAUGGACCUGAGGCUCGAUACUUUGAUAUCUUCACCCGGGGAGUACCGAAUAUUAACUGGUCUGUUUCAGCGCUUCAGCCCUGGAUCAAGCUGUCGAAGGCCUCCGGGAUCUUGGUACCCGGUGAAGAUGAUGCCCGGGUUGAGAUCUCGAUUGACUGGGAUCAGGUUCCUGAUGAUUUCAAAGAGGAAGUACUCAUCGACGUUCGGUCGGAGGAAGGAGAUUUUGAACAGGUUCAUUUGCCGAUCAAUGGCAGACGAGUGCCAGACUCUUUCGGGGGCUUCGUUGAGCAGGACAGUUUUGUGUCUAUCCCUGCCACCGAUUGUCACCUCGAGGCUCCGUACCUGGUUCUGCCCGAUGCUGGCAGACUGGCAACUGGCUCUUUGACUCUCGUCCCAGGUACCGAUAGCGACGGUUCGAUACCCUUCAUUCACUAUCCUUUCUACCUCUUCAGUGAGACUUCCAACGCUACUUUAGUUCUUUACUUCGGCACGACUCUGGAUCUUUCCUCUGACGAUAUGCUGGCCUACGACGUCGGAAUCGACGAGGAACAAAGCCAAAGCUAUCCUCUGCAGAAGAGAACUCCAGAGAGUGAGAAGAAUGCUGCUGAUAAGGGAUGGGCGUCUGCCGAUGGCUGGUUCUUUGCUGCGUCGGAUAACGUUUGGGUCCGAGAGCAUGCGGUUACGUUGGGACCUGGUGCACAUUCACUACAUAUCAAGUUGAGACAUGCAAAUAUGUUGCUUGAGAAGAUUGUGGUUGAUUGUGGAGGUGUAGCAAAGAGCUACUUAGGCCCUCCCUUUGGCAUCAAAGCUUGA